AGUUCAGUGGCAAUCUUACCUGCGCGACAUCCGAUUCUUACAAUUGACUGUAUAUUGAAGAAAGCAAAGUAGGAACAUGGUCUUAGAAGCAACCGUCUUGGUGUUGGAUAACUCGGAAUGGAUGCGCAACGGCGACUACACUCCGACGCGGAUGGAAGCGCAAAGCGAUGCUGUAACGUUUCUCUUCAAUGCAAAAACACAGUCAAAUCCUGAAAACACUGUUGGUCUUAUGACUAUGGCGGGCAAAAGCCCCGAAGUGUUGGUGACCCUGACGCCCGAUAUUGGAAAAAUUUUGACGGCCUUGCACAAUAUACGAAUUGCGGGUAAGGUUAACCUUUCCACUGGCGUCCAGAUUGCACAGCUCGCAUUGAAACAUCGACAGAACAAAAAUCAGCGCCAACGUAUUGUCGUAUUUGUUGGUAGCCCACUAGAAGAAGAUGAGAAAACUCUUGUCCGACUUGGCAAGAAAUUGAAGAAGAACAAUGUUGCGGUGGAUAUUGUCAACUUUGGAGAGGAGUCGGAGAAUACCCAAAAAUUGGAAGCCUUCGUGGCUGCUGUUAACAGCAACGACAAUAGUCAUUUGGUUUCCAUCCCUCCUGGACCACACAUUCUUAGCGAUGUUCUUCUUACAUCACCUAUUGUUGCUGGAGAAGACGGGGCGCCACCGGGUUUUGCUUCUGGAAGUGGCUUUGAAUUUGGUGUUGACCCGAAUUUGGAUCCCGAAUUGGCUUUGGCACUACGGAUAUCUAUGGAGGAGGAAAGGGCACGACAGGAGGCGGCAAACCGAGGAGGGGCUGAAGGUGCAGCUGGGGGCGAUGCAAUGGUAGUAGAUUCAGCCUUCAGCGCUCCAACAACCGCAGCAGGAGGUUCUACAGAGGAGGAGGACAUGCUUCAACAAGCUCUUGCUAUGUCUAUGGGACAACAGCCAGGGGGUGCAGCUAUGGACGUUGAAUUGUCUGAAGAAGAACAAAUGGCGCGGGCCAUUGCAAUGUCCAUGAGCCAGGGAGGUGACCAAGCAGCGGACAUGAAUUCAAUCAUAAGCUCUUUGCCGGGUGUCAACAUGGACGAUCCUCGACUUCGUGCCGCGCUAGAGGGUGGUUCAAAGGCUGAAGAGAAAAAGGAUGGAGAGGACAAGAACAAAAAAUGAGAUAGUGUAUCUAUAACUGCCCAUCAGAAUCAGUAAUCUCCUGCAAACAAAAAGGAAAAACCAUAUAUCUGACUCUAGCCAACAUUGAUUGUCAUCGACCACCC